UCCGGUUGCCUGCAAGACUUUGAAAACACAGAAGAGUUAGGAGGAGGGAGACAAAAAAAAGAGAACAACCUCCGCUUUUCCAAAACAAUAAGAGCCCAGGCCCUGAGAUCGAUGUACGGCUCCUCUGGGGAGUAGGGACCCCUCACCUGAGCAGGUGGCUAGGAUGGAGAAGACUUGGAGCAUCACCUAAAGCUGCACACUUACCUCGCGAGAGAUUUCUUAGUGUCUACGGCAGGGAAUGAAAUUAUGGUCCUGGUGUUCUGACUGGACCCCCUGGUGGCAUUCACAGCUAUUGUAUAUUAAUGGGCUGUACCUGAGAGUCCUUUGAGAAAUCCUUUAUGUUUGGACAUAAAUGGUGUUGACUUGAUGGAGUCGCAUCAAGUUAUUCAUAUGGACCCUGACACUGAUAGGGACUCCUUGCUGGAUCUCAGCUUCCUGACUGAGGAGGAACAGAACGCCAUUGCAGAAGUGCUGCAGAGGGACUCACAGCUCCGAAUGCUGGAGGAGGGACGAAUCAGCAAACUGCGGGAGUCUGUCUCUGAUCCCAGCUGGCUGAAAAUCCUCUCCGGGGAAUGGUUCUGUGACCUCCAGUCCAAGCGGCACAAUCACUUUGGCUCGGACCUUGUCCGGGCUUCUAUCCGCAGAAAGAAGAAGCCCAAAGCAUUUGAAUGGGGGCCAAAGCAACGGGGAAGCCUGGGAGACCUGGAGCCAAUCAGGGAGCCUUCUGCAGAGGAGGAGAAGGAGCACAUCUUUGACGUGCAGGAUGCUGUGGACGGGCUUCCCAGCGAAGGAGUUCCUUCACUGACUUGGUCCAAAGAUCCGCAGGAUGAAACCCAGUCCCUCGAACAGGUGGCUGAGACCAAGCCAGCCACGAGAAGUGACUCCUUCAGUAGCCUGAGUUCAGAGACUGAGGAAGACGAGAGACAGCAGACCCACCCGCAGCCAGCCAUCUUGGUUUCAGUGCAGCCCCAGAGUAAUGGAAGCCAGGAAAAUGGCAGGGAAGGCGCUUCGGGUUCAUCCCCUCCAAGGACCAACAUGACGGGUCUCCAGAAUAAAGUGCUGAGCACCAGUUCCUCGAUCUCCAGUCUCAGUUCAUCCACGAUGAGCGGCAGCCUCAUGAGCAUUUUCAGCGAUAGUGAAGUUGGGAGUGUGGAUGUCCGCGGCUGCAUCCAGUUCUCCUUGCAGUACGAUGCCAAAAAGAAGGAAUUGCAAGUUCAAAUCAUCCAGUGCCGAGACCUUGCGGAAGCCAGGAAACAGCGGACAGACCCGUAUGUCAAAGCCUACCUUCUUCCUGACAAAUCCAACCAAGGCAAGAGGAAAACAGCCAUCAGGAAGAGGAGCAUAGACCCCAUCUUCAAUGAGACGCUGAAGUACAAGAUUGACAAGGCUGAGCUCCAGGGCCGCGUCCUGAACCUGUCCGUCUGGCAUCACGACUCCUUAAACCGAAACCUCUUCAUGGGAGAAGUGGAGAUAGAGCUGAAGGCCUGGGAGUGGAGCAACACAGGGCCCCAGUGGUUCAACCUACAGCCCAGGACGCCAGUCUCUCCUGAUGCUCUGCCCAGCCGAGGCAAACUCAAUCUAGCCCUGAAGUUCAUUUCAGCUGGCUUGGAAGGGGGAGGGCUUCCCCCCACUGGAGAGCUGCACAUCUGGGUGAAGAAUGCGCAGAACCUGGUUCCCUUCAGAGGCAGUACUGCGGACUCCUUUGUCCAGUGCUACAUUCUCCCUGAUGACAGCAAGGCAAGCCGGCAGAAGACCCGCACCGUGAAGAAGAGUCUCAGCCCGAUUUUCAACCACACCAUGGUCUACGAUGGGUUCCAAGCCAAGGACUUGGCUGAGGCGUGUGCUGAGUUCACCAUCUGGGACCAAGACACCUUCUCCAAGCAGAGCCUUGGAGGCAUCCGGCUGAGUCUUGGCACAGGCAAGAGCUAUGGCCUGCCAGUGCCUUGGAUGGAUUCGACUGAGGAGGAGCGCCAUGUAUGGGAGACGGUGUUCCAGAAGCCUGGCCAGUGGGUAGAAGCCGGCCUUCCUCUACGGACCAAUCUGAGCCUUCGGGCUUAAUCCUCCCUCCGUUCGUUCUGCAGGGGGAACACCCGAGAGAUGAACUGAGGCACCCCCAAGAUCUCUAGCACCUCAUGGCAGCAGACAGCCCUCCCAGGGUACCCAGUGCUGCUCCCUAUGUCUAAAGGCCCACC